CCACCUAACGAAACACAAGCCAAAACAAGCAGCUCAACCUUACAUACACAGAUCUAGAUGGCCGGAGGAGAUGACUUGAAGCUGCUCGGCGCUUGGGCGAGUCCAUUUGUCACCAGGGUGAAGCUUGCGCUGAGCUUCAAGGGCCUGAGCUUCGAGGAUGUUGAGGAGGACCUCAGCAACAAGAGCGAGCUCCUCCUCAGCUCGAACCCGGUGCACAAGAAGGUGCCCGUGCUCGUCCACAACGGGAAACCCAUUUGCGAGUCAGUGAUCAUCGUUCAGUACAUCGAUGAGGCGUUCCUCGUCGGCCCCUCUCUUCUUCCCUCUGACCCCUACGAACGUGCAAUUGCCCAUUUUUGGGCCGCCUACAUUGACGAUAAGCUCGUCACCCCAUGGGUACAGUCGUUGAGGGCCAAGACAGAGGAGGAGAAGUCCGAGGGGGUUAAGCAGACAUUUGCCGCGGUGGAGACACUGGAAGGAGCCCUGAGGGAGUGCUCCAAGGGAGAGGGCUACUUUGGUGGUGAGACCGUUGGGCUUGUGGACAUUUCACUUGGGAGCCUGCUCUCCUGGUUGAUUGCAACAGAAGUGAUGUCUGGAACCAAGAUCUUUGAUCCUGUUAAGACUCCGCUCCUGGCAGCGUGGAUGGGGCGCUUUAGUGAGCUCGACGCUGCCAAGGCGGCGUUGCCAGAAGUUGAUAGGGUGGUCGAAUUUGCCAAGAAGAGACAGGCACAGGCUGAUGCCGCCGCCGCUGCUUCGGAGACCAAGUAAACGUCAUGGAAACAUGAGUCCCAUUGAAUAAAAAAGAGUGCAUGUUUUCUACAUAGCAUAUAUGAUUGUUGUUUGUAUAUCGAUUCUUGAUGUAAUGGUGCCAGGGAAAAUUAGUGCAUGUGAUAUUUUGUGAAGGUUUUAAGAUCAUUUGUAAUAUUUUGUAAAGUUUUAACAUCAUUUAGUACUUGUAUUCUUUUGGAAA